CGUCGAUCAUUAGUCUGUGCUGCUCACUUGUCUAGAGCAGUAGUCGCAGCUAUUAAUUAACACUGAUAAUAAACAUGACUAUAGUCACAGCGUCCCAUGGAGCGCGCCAAUUGUUCUUGGCUGGCACCAGAUCAAUGCAUGCUACUGCUGCCGCUGUUAAGCUUAAUUUGGCUGAUAAUGUGGUUGCUCCGCCCGUGCGCCCCUAUUCCGAAAUCCCACGACCCGGAAAACUUAGUUUUAUGCGCAGUUUUAUGCCAGGUGGUGAAUUCCACGACAAAUCGUUCUCCGAAUUUACUUCAAUGAUGCGUAAGCGCUAUGGAGAUCUCUUUAUAAUGCCUGGAGCGUUUGGUCGCAAGGACAGUUUGGUCACCUUCAGUACCAAGGAUAUUGAGAUGGUUUUUCGCAAUGAAGGCGUUUGGCCACAUCGCGAGGGCUUUGAUUCACUUGUUUACUUCCGUGAGAAAGUGCGCCCAGAUGUGUUUGGCGAGAAAAAGGGAUUAAUUGCCACACAAUCAGAGGAAUGGAGCAAGUUUCGAUCGGCUGUGAAUCCGGUUUUCAUGCAACCCAGAGGCCUCAAAAUGUACUACAAACCAUUGUCUAACAUUAAUAACGAAUUCAUCGAGCGCAUCAAGGAAAUUCGUGAUCCUAAGACACUGGAAGUCCCUGCGAACUUUGAGGAGGAAAUGGGUCGAUUGAUCUUCGAGUCGUUAGCUCUCAUUGCCUUCAAUCGUGAAAUGGGCAUCAUCCGGAAACAUCGUGAUAAUCACGAUGCUAUGACUAUAUUCAAAACAUCCCGAGAAAUUUUCAAGUUGGUCUUUAAGCUGGAUUUGCAGCCAUCGCCCUGGAAGUUUAUAUCGACGCCAACCUACCGUAAGAUGAUAAGAACACUCAGCGAAAGUCUUGAUGUCACACAGCGAAUGCUUGAUGACACUUGCGCGGAGCUGGAGAAGCGUCGCAAGGCUGGAGAGCCUGGGAGCAACAGCAUGUUGGAGCGAUUGAUGAAUAUUGAUCCAAAGAUUGCUUUGGUCAUGGGUCUGGAUAUUCUCUUUGCCGGUGUGGAUGCCACGACUGUGCUCUUGUCUGCAACAUUGCUGUGUCUCAGCAAGAAUCAGGAAAAACAGCACAAACUCCGUGAGGAACUGCUGCGAGUGAUGCCCAGCAAGGAGACAUUACUGAACGAUGAGACCAUGAAGGACAUGCCGUAUUUGCGGGCCGUAAUCAAGGAAGCCCUGCGCUAUUACCCUAACGGUUUUGGAACCUUCAGGAUUUGUCCGGGAGAUGUCACUCUCUCGGGUUAUAACAUUCCCAAGGGCACACAGAUUAUGCUCGCCUCCAAUGCCCUAAUGAAGGAUGAAAAGUAUUACACUUCACCAAAUGAUUUCUUGCCCGAGCGCUGGCUACGUGAUCCCGAGACAAACAAGAAAGCGCAGGUCAGUCCAUUUACGUUCUUGCCAUUUGGUUUUGGACCACGACAAUGCAUUGGAAAGCGGGUCGUUGAUCUCGAGGUGGAGACCGCAGUAGCCAAGAUUAUACGCAACUUCCAUGUGGAGUUUAACUAUGAUGCAAGCAAUCCGUACAAAACAUUCUUUGCCAUGGAACCACAAAUCCCAUUUCACUUCAAAUUCACUGACAUUGAUCAGUAGAAACAAAGCUUAAAACCAAACUACUAGUUAAUAAGGAAAAUAUAAUAUAAAUGUAGAAAUGUAAACAACGCAAAGAAAAACAGAAACGGCAUUAAAAACUUUCCAAAAUAAA